UGUGUUCACUCCGCCUCUUCCCAGCUGAUGCUCGCGUCCUUUCAAUUUCUAUUCUGAGAGGAAGACUUGAGCAAGAGGGGUCUGCGGGGGUAGCGCAGUUAAAACAUCCAUGGGUGGUUGUGUGGGUAGUCACCAUGAUUCUUCAGGCAGUUUAAACGAAAAUUCUGACGGAACUGGAGUGGCUCUGGGGCGUAACCAGGCCUUGAAGAGAGAGAAGCCCAAAUGGAAGAGUGACUAUCCCAUGACGGACGGCCAGCUGCGCAGUAAGCGGGAUGAGUUCUGGGACACGGCGCCCGCCUUCGAGGGACGCAAGGAGAUCUGGGACGCGCUCAAGGCCGCCGCCCAAGCCUUUGAGAGCAACGACCAUGAAUUGGCCCAGGCCAUCAUCGACGGGGCCAGCAUAACACUGCCACACGGCGCGCUGACGGAGUGCUAUGAUGAGCUGGGGAAUCGCUACCAGCUACCAGUCUACUGCCUGUCCCCACCCGUCAACAUGAUCGAGGAGAAGAGUGACCUUGAGAGCCUUGAGGUCAGCGAGCCCCCCCCCAGCGAGGGUCAGGAGUGCCAGCUACGCCUGCGUCUGUCCACGGGCCGGGACCUGCGCCUGGCGGUGAGGACCACGGACACGGUGCAGCACAUGAAGCGGCAGCUGCAGGCGGUGGAGGGCGUGUCGGCGGCCACCCAGCGCUGGUUCUUCUCAGGCCGGCCGCUCACAGACAAGAUGAAGCUGGAGGAGCUGAAGAUCUCCAGAGACUACGUGGUGCAGGUGAUCAUCAGCCAGCCCCCCGCCCCCCUGCCCACCCAGGCACCGCCCGUCCCCACACCAACCACACCCACGUCCAUGCCCGCCACACUGCCCCAGGACCCCACGCCCGUAGAGAACUAGUGCCUGGCACCUGGAGAGGGCACGCAUGCAGGAAAAGACAGACCACCAAGGGAAGACCAGCUUUUGACAAGUGGAGAUUUGGGUGCGGUUGUGAGGCAGACACGUGUCUGAGCAGAUGAAGGAACAGUUCUUUAGAACCGAGCCGAGCUAGGUGGUCAUGUAAAGUGUUUGUUUAGAGUUGUGUGAGGGUUUGUUAAGCUGUGUGCCCUCCCUCUCUCUUCUCCUCUCUCCUCCACGAGACGGGGAGGUGUUUCUGCAAGGCAUGCUGGGAUAGCAGCAGGGGUGUCUCUGUGCCUCAGCCAGAGCAGGAGGACUCCGCCUCCGUGACUGAAGACAACCAACUAGGAGCAGCAAGAGACUCCACCACAGGACAGGAACACCUGCUAACCUGGCAUUUCAAAAAUCUACCUUUUACAAAAACUCUUUUAAAAAAACUUGUCUUGUUUUUAGUGGAAACUGAACAACCAAAAAAUAAGAUCUGAGGAAACUAUAGGAAUAUACAGUAACAGACCAUGUUGUUACAAACCAUUUUCCAGAACCCCCUGCCUGUUCUCCAUCUCCUCUGUAGCUUCUAGUCAGCCAGCUGUCAGUUCUUCUAUUGCCCCCCCCCCCGUAGUAGCCUUGACCUGACCUGUAGCCUCUUUCUGCAGACGUUACAUGUAGCUCUGCCAGUCAACUCUUCCUCCCUCGGGAGCCUUCCUCCCCCGGGAGCCUUCCUCCUCCGGGAGCCUUCCUCCCCCGGGAGCCUUCCUCCCUCAGGAGCCUUCCUCCCCCGGGAGCCUCCCUCCCCCGGGAGCCUACCUUUUAGUUGUGAUCUUGGUUUGUGAAGUUAAUAGGCCGUCACUGCGUCGGAUUAGUUCCCUUCUCAUUCCCCAGUAAACAUCCCAUUAUGUAAACGUGACACUUUCACCCUCCUGUUGUCUAUUCAUACCUGAUAUUAUCUUAAGAUGAACUACUGGAGGUUUCCGCAGAACUUAAGAAACUAUAAUGUUGUACAAACUGAAUGUGCUGGGAUGAAGUGGCAACGUUUUAAAUGACAUUAAUGUUUAGAAAUUCUGCUUCACUACUUUAAGAUACUUACAGGGCAAUGUAUUUAGCAUUGCAUAAUCAUUUGUGUGUGUGUAAGAGAGAGAGAGAGAGAGAGAGAGAGAGAGAGAAAGAGAGAGAGA